ACUUAGCAUUUUCGUCAUGCAAUUAAAACGGAUCAGAAAACUUCGCUCUUUCCUUCCCAUUUUAUGCCGUCUGAUUUUCCUUGAGAAGGAAAGGAAAACCCUAGAAAACAUAAAAACGUCUCUCAUCUCUCAAUUUCACCUUUUCCUUCCCAUAAGUCAUCGUAGCUUGAAAAUUUACCAAUUUCUCUCUAUGGUUGCGUGAUGGAGGAAAGUGAAUCACUAGAAUCACCAAAUCCAGCACCUUGGCUUGUUUUUCCAUAUGGUGAAGAAAACCUCUCAUCAAGGUUGGUUAAUUGUCUUAUGUGAUGUUAAAGAUGACAAUUCAAUGCCAAAUCAGAAAUAUGGGGAUUGUUUUUUAUGGAACCCUUUGUCAUUAGAGACAAUUCAAUUACCAAGUUUACUCCCAUGGAUUACUUCUCAGCCUCAUGGUAUGUAUUUUAUUGAUUGUGUAUUAUCCUCACCUCCUAGAAACAAUCUUACUGAGGAUGUUGAUAGUAAUGAUAAUGAUGAUCCAUUAGUUUUAGUUCUUUAUCUUCCACUGUCGGAUCCUGAACUUAUCGCCUUUAAUUACACUUUCUUAUUCUGCCAUCCUGGAGAAAAUCAAUGGAGAACUCAAUUGUUUUUGGAAGAAAUUAAUGGGCGCACGUGCGAGGUUGAGUACCUCCAUUGUUUUAAAAAUAAGUUAUAUGCUUUGGGUGUCAAUGGGCAUUACCUAGAGAUCGAGAAACAACACCAAGUUAGAGCUGGUGAUGAUAAUGUGUCCCUUUCUAUAAAGUCGUUCCAAGUAAAUGACCACACUUCUGUACCGUUGUGUGGCGCAAGAGAUGUUUCUCUGGGUCAAACGCAUUUUGUGGAAGGUCAUGAUGACCUAUUCAUGGUAAGAAGAAGUUUCAAUGAUAGAGGAUCUGAGAAGGUAAUGAUAUCAAUACGUAUAACCAGGUUGGAUUUCAUUUUAAUGGAGUGGAAGUUGGUGAAUAGUCUAGGUGAUAAUGUUCUAUUCGUUGGUCCGAAAAACAGAAUUUGUUGCUCAGCUGCCAAGUUGGGACUCUCAAGGGGUUGUUUGUAUUACAUUCUACCUGUUGACCAAUUUGAGCUGUACUGCAUUCCGAUGGGAUACCAAAUCUCUCCUGCAGAUAUGCGGUUAUUCAAAUUUGAAGUUGAAGGUGCUGAGGACUAUGACAUUUCACCGUAUCUGAGGCUGCCAGAACCAGUGUUUGCACCUGAUUGGAUGAUGAUUCCUAAUGGACAGAGAAGAAAGGAAGGUAACUUGAGUGUUAAUGAAGAAGACCAAGAUUACAUCUCAAAGGAAGGGGGAAACAAAGUAAGCGCAUCUAGUUAUGAUUAUUCAAAGACUGAGAGCGGCAAGCAGCUUUUAAGACUUGGUGCAGUAGAAUUAGAAGAAGAAAAAAUACCAUGGGACAUUCUUAUCGAGGAUAUGGUGGUUUUGAUUGCAAGCUAUCUGCACCCGUUGGAUUAUGUGCACUUUCGAUCAGUUUGUAAAGCCAAUCGACAGAUAAUGCCUGUAGGAAUGUCUACAUUUACUUCUAGCCAGGUCUUAGACGCCGCACAUUUAUCCCCAUUGCUAUUGUUUUCUAGAGAUAACAGCUCCACUGUCUACAGUUUAGCAAACCCGAUGCAUGAUAAUGAGAGCUACCUCAUGAACUUCUCAGAAUUGCUAUUAGAUGCCGCAAUACGUUUUCAGAAAGGGGGUUGGCUACUUAUGUCAAGAGAGAUUAAAUUAUUCUUCUAUAAUCCCUUCACUAGAGAGAUCAUUUUACUUCCAGAUUUUCCAGGUUGUUAUUUCACAUCUGACAUUUCUUUCUCCUCCAUACCGACUUCAUCAGACUGUAUUGUUUUCGCCAUCGAGGGAAAUGAGUCACCUGAAAUCUCUAUACACUGCAUUAGAAGAGGGGAACAGGAUUGGUCUUCUUAUUUCUUUGAUGAGGAAAUGUACUCGCCUCUACGAAACACUCUAACUUCAUUUAAUGGGGCGUUCUAUUGUGUAGGUUAUGACGGAGCUUUGGGAAGUUUUAAUUUAGCGAAUGGUAAUAUAUAUUGGGAGGUUCUUGAGAAACCUCGUCAACAAUUUAAGGACUCAUAUCCAAGUUAUUUGGUGAAGUGCGGAGAUGACCUUUUGUUAGUGAAACUAGGAUGUCUGGAUAUGCCAGUUAGAAUCUUUAAAAUUGAUUUUGCUGAAAUGGAAUGGGUUCAAGUUGACAGUUUGGGGAAGCAUAUGUUGUUCAUCAGUGACAUUACCUGUUUUUCAGUUACCGCUCCGAAUAGUAGGAUGGAGAACAAAAUAUAUUUUCCUAGAUUAUGUUUGAAUGGUGAAGGGGUUUUAUUCUAUUCACUUGAAACAGGUAGUUACCACUCUUUUGGGAGUCAGCAUUUUGCUAAGAACUUUUGUGGCACAAAAGGCUGGCUUAGAAACUGCAUUUGGAUUGAACCCAAUUGGUCAUUAUCGACUCCUCAAGAGCUGGACUGGUCCAAGCCUCCGUCACCACCGUGAAGUAAAGUUCUCUAACAAUUCUGUGUUAUUUUUUUUAAAGGUUUAAUUUCUGAAAAGUAUCUGUUCAAGUUGAGAUAAUGUGUACCUUCUCUCAAUGUUUCUGGUAGAGGGAGUUCUUGUUUAAUAAUCCUAACCUUGUUUUGAGGUAUGCUCAAUUUAAAUUCUGGUAUCAAUUAUU